CACUAAACAGCUGCGUUCCUGCCUCCUGAGAUCUCUCUCUCCUCCCGCUCUUAAUAACCUUGGACUAGUUCUUCCAGGAUCCCUAACAUCGACUCAGUGGAGUAGAUGCCUCAGAAAUCAAAAUCUUGAUAUUGACAAAGGUUUUCUUUUUUUGGGUAAUGAUGACUGAAACCACAAUGAAUCAACCCAAUACGAAGGUGAUUAUAAAGGAAACUACUACCAGGAAGAUAGGGCGAUCGGCUAAUGAGUUUAAAAGGUGGGGAAGAAAAUCUCCAUUUCUGAGAUAUGGACUUCCGCUCAUUUCCCUUACUGUUUUUGGAGCUCUUGGACUGGGUAAUCUCUUACAAGGCAGUAAAGACGUAGCAAAAGUGAAAGACGAGCAUGAGUGGGAGAUAAUUGAGGCCAAGAAAGCUCUAUCUAGAACAGGACCCAUUGAUGCAUACAAGCCGAAGAAAAUUUCACUGGAGGAGGAGCUCAAGGCAAUGCAAGAGAAAGUUGACAUAAACAACUAUGAGUACAAGAAGGUUCCCAAGUUAAAUGAAGGCCAGGCGCACUAGACAUAACCUCUCUAUAUCAUUUUUGUUGUUUUGUAUGUAUCCCGUUCACAUCUGUAGAAGCACUCUCUCAAUAAAAUGUGAUUGUUAUUCAACUGUGAAUUAUCUUCAUCUGUCCAAAGUAACUUUCCA